CACUUUCUGUUUAUUCUUAACCAGUCCAUAGAAAGUGAUGAACAAAAUGUAAAUAUACGAAGUUAUCCAUCGUUUAAGGUUAUGAAAUAAUUUUUUGAUUGUGAAUAUCAAAAUAUGGUGUUUUUGCGUGGGUGGCGAUAUGCAGCAUUUAUAUCUUGCAUCGUAGGCGGAAUUGGUGUAGCACUUUACCCGAUAAUUGUAGAACCAAUGAUGAAUGUCGAAAAAUAUAAAGAGAUUCAGAGACAUAACCGUGCCGGAAUAAAGCAAGACGAAAUACAGCCUGGAAAUAUGAAAGUUUGGUCGGAUCCAUUUGGACGAAAAUGAAAACAUUUGUAUUUUUUGUAAAAUAAAAUAGCUAGAAUGUA